AUGAGCGGCCUACAAGUUGAUGAGUAUAACUCUUUCCCGUGUGGUCACAUGCAUCUGAACACAAUCCUCCUCUUCUCUCUUCAACGCAUCAGGGCUCCUAAGCCGGCUAGAGCUCCUCCAACCGCACCGGCCACGACUGCUGACCUCACUCCCAUGGCCGUAAGGAAUUCUGCUGUUAAGUUAGUUUUUAGCAAUGUUUUAAAAAAUGCGCCUCGGGCGCCCCUUGGGGCUCAAAAGGCGCGAGGCGGUACUGCAACUGAGUCAGCCUUGAUGGGUGAAGGGAGAAAUAGAGACUUUACCAAACUACAAUUGAAGCCUGACAACCAUAAUCGGCCUAUAUGGGCUUGUCCAGAUGGCCGAAUAUUCCUCGAAACUUUCUCGGCUUUGUACAAACAAGCUUAUGAUUUCCUUAUUGCCAUUGCGGAACCCGUUUGCAGGCAAGAGUUGAUGCACGAGUAUAACUUGACCCCGCAUUCAUUAUAUGCGGCAGUCUCAGUUGGCCAUGAAACAGAAACAAUUAUUUCUGUUCUGAAUAAGCUGUCCAAGACCAAGCUCCCCGAAGAGGUUAUAGAUUUCAUACAUAGUUCUACAGCUAAUUACGGCAAAGUGAAGCUUGUGCUAAAGAAUAAUCGAUACUUUGUCAGUUCCCCAUUUCCAGAGGUGCUGAAGACAUUGCUUAAGGACCACUUUAUAGCAGAAUCAAGGAUUACUUCUGAGGGUCCUCACGGAAAUAAAGGUUUUACAAUUAUCACAACAAUGGGUGAAACUGGAGCUGGUCCUAGUGAUUUGCUAAAUGAAGCAGAACUGGCAGCUGUGGCUGAAGAAAAAGAAACUCGUGCAUUUGAAAUUGAUCCUUCAAAGGUUGAGCAUGUUAAGCAACGUUGUUUGCCAGAUUGUUUGAACUAUCCUAUGUUGGAAGAAUAUGACUUUAAUAACGAUACCGUUAACCCUGAUCUUGAUAUUGAAUUAAAGCCUCAAUCCCAUCCCCGACCGUAUCAAAGGAAGAGCUUGAGUAUAAUGUUUGGGAAUGGGAGAGCAAGAUCUGGUAUUAUUGUACUGCCUUGUGGUGCUGGAAAAUCUCUAGUUGGUGUUUCUGCAGCCUCUCGAAUAAGAAAGAGCUGCCUUUGUUUAGCAACAAAUGCUGUCUCGGUUGAUCAGUGGGCUUUUCAGUUUAAGUUGUGGUCAACUCUCCGAGAUGACCAAAUUUGUCGCUUCACAUCUGAUAGUAAAGAAAGAUUCCGUGGAAAUGCUGGGGUGGUUGUGACAACAUAUAACAUGAUUGGUUUUGGUGGAAAGAGGUCUGAAGAAUCUGAAAAGAUUAUUGAAGAAAUAAGAAACAGAGAAUGGGGAUUGCUUCUCAUGGACGAGGUGCAUGUUGUUCCUGCUGAAAUGUUUCGAAAUGUCAUCAAAUUUACUAAAUCGCACUGCAAGCUUGGGCUCACUGCCACACUUGUCAGAGAGGAUGAGAAGAUCACAGACCUGAACUUCCUUAUUGGUCCCAAAUUGUAUGAAGCAAACUGGUUGGAUUUGGUUAAGGAUGGAUUUAUUGCAAAUGUACAGUGUGCUGAAGUAUGGUGUCCAAUGACAAAAGAGUUUUUUGUGGAAUAUUUGAAGAAAGAAAACUCAAAGAGAAAGCGGGAACUUUAUAUCAUGAAUCCAAAUAAGUUUAGGGCAUGCGAGUUUCUUAUAAGGUUUCAUGAAGAGCAACGUGGUGAUAAAAUUAUUGUAUUUGCCGAUAAUCUAUUUGCACUUACAGAGUAUGCAAUGAAACUUCGGAAACCUAUGAUCUAUGGUGCUACCAGCCAUGCCGAGAGGACAAAAAUUCUACAAGCUUUCAAAACAAGUCGAGACGUAAACACCAUAUUUUUGUCCAAGGUGGGUGAUAAUUCCAUAGACAUUCCUGAGGCAAAUGUGAUUAUUCAGAUCUCAUCACAUGCUGGUUCACGACGUCAAGAAGCACAGCGUCUUGGACGUAUUUUGAGGGCUAAGGGUCGACCUGAGGAUCGGUUGGCAGGAGGUAAGGAGGAGUACAAUGCGUUCUUUUAUUCUCUUGUGUCGACUGAUACUCAGGAGAUGUAUUUUUCAACUAAACGCCAGCGGUUUUUGAUUGAUCAAGGUUACAGUUUUAAGGUUAUUACAAGCUUGCCCCCUCCUGAAUCAGGAGCUGAGUUGAGCUAUCACCGACUUGGUGACCAACUGGCACUACUUUCAAAGGUGUUGAGUGUUGAUGAUGAUAAAAUUGGGUUAGAGACACUAGAAGAAGAUGCCGAUGAGAUUGCCCUUCAGAAAGCACGCGUACAUCGCUCAACAGGAUCCAUGAGUGUGAUGUCGGGUGCCAGUGGGAGGGUUUACAUGGAAUAUGGUACUCAUACUCAGAAACACAAGCAUGGCAAAACACAGAUAAAGAGUACUAAGCCCAGGGAUCCGAUGAAGAGACAUUAUUUGUUUAAACAACGCCGUAGCUGA